AUGUAUCCAAGACCAGCUCCUGUAGCCAUCGUCGGCGUCGGCUGUAGGCUCCCUGGAGGGGCCAACAAUCUGGACAGACUAUGGAAGCUCCUCUCAGAGGGCCGCAGCGGGUGGACAGAAAUACCGACGGAUCGAUGGGCUGCGGAGGAGUGGUUUGAUGCAUACCCUGAUGCAAAACAAUCUAUGAUCACUAAGCACGGAUUCUUCCUAGAAGACGAUAUCUCGCAGUUUGAUGCCAAGUUUUUUGGGAUUUCGAGCUCCGAGGCGCACGCAAUGGAUCCUCAGCAACGUCUGUUCCUAAUGACGACGUACGAGGCAUUGGAAGAUGCCGGCAUUCCCGUCGAGACAUUGAGAGGCUCGAAUACCGGUGUCUUUGCUAGCAUAUUUGAGAGAAGUUACGACAGGAUGGGACACAAGGACCUGUCCACUAUUAGCAAUACGCAUAUGAACGGGACAGGGGAAGCAAUCCUCUCGAACAGAAUCUCGUACUGUUUUGACCUGAAAGGACCAUCUAUGACUAUUGAUACUGGCUGCUCCGGAAGUCUGGUGGCCCUUCAUCAAGCAUGCCACAGUCUCAUGCUGGGCGAGUCAGAUCUUGCCCUGGUUGGUGGCUCGCAACUUGUUAUCCACCCUGAUGCUCUUUCCAUCAGUGAGUUGGUUUCCUAUGCACUUAGACCCCCUUUCCAGUUUGCGCUUUGGACAGACUUUGAAAAUGAUUCAGACAUGGGCAUGCUCAACCCAGAUGGCAAGUCUUAUGCCUUUGACUCGCGAGGCGAAGGUUAUGGACGCGGCGAGGGCGUAGCCACGGUUGUUCUUAAGCGUUUGGACCGCGCAAUCGAGGAUGGGGACCGAGUGCAUGCCGUCAUUGCAAACUCUGGUACAAACCAAGACGGAAAGACUUCCGGCCUCAACACUCCCAGUGGCGACGCCCAGGCUGCUUUGUCUUCGCGUGUAUACCGAGAGGCUGCAUUGAACCCUGCAGACACAUCGUUCGUCGAGGCUCACGGCACCGGAACUCAAGUAGGCGACCGAGAAGAGAUCGCAUCUAUCUCGAAGGUCUUUUGUGAGGGUAUUGCCAGGACCGACGACCUCUACGUCGGCUCCAUCAAACCAAACAUCGGGCACCUCGAGGCUACCUCCGGCAUUGCCGGCCUGCUCAAAUGUAUUCUUGUGCUGAAGCAUCGCCUCAUCCCCCAGAACUUGAAUUUCAUCCAGCCAAAGCCAUCCCUGAAGCUCCACGAGAGAAAUAUCAAGAUACCGACAGAACUUACGAAGCUCCCAGUGCCCCGUCAUGGUGGGCCGGUGCGGGUGUCUCUCAACUCUUUUGGCUACGGGGGGACCAAUUGCCAUAUUAUUCUCGAGGCUGCCGACACUAAUGAGAAAGUGAAUGUAACUGGUAUCAACAAAAGGACUGCUAAUGGAGCCGAUACGACUCACAAGAAUAGGAUGAAAAACGAGCUUUUGGGUAACAGGCGGGCCUCCUUGUUGAACAACACAACAUCACAAUGUCCGGAGUUGAUUGUUCUCAGUGCAUCGACUGAGAAAGCGCUGCUAUCGCGCGCCGGAGACAUUCGCCUCUGGAUCAACUCUCACCAGAUAGCGCCACAAACUCUGCACAACCUGUCAUACACGCUCGGAGUCCACAGAUCGGCUCUUCCAUACAGAAAAGCCAUUGUCGCAUCGACAACUGAGGAACUUGUGGCUGAGCUGGAAGCACUAGAGCUCCAGAAGAGAACCGUGUCAAUUGCCCCUGUCACGUUUGUAUUCUCCGGGCAAGGAGCACAGUGGCAUGCAAUGGGUUUGGAACUUAUCCACUCCUCGCAUGUUUUCCAACUAUCAAUAUCAGCCUUAGAAGAUGUGCUGCGCCGGCAAGGCUGCCCGUGGAGUCUCUUGGAGGAGCUUUCAAAGUCGUCUGAGCAUUCCCGGAUCAGCGAGGCAGAGAUAGCACAGCCUGCAACCACCGCCAUUCAGAUUGCACUUGUGGAUCUUCUCGAAAGCUUCUCGAUACGGCCAAGUCAAGUCGUGGGUCACAGUUCCGGUGAAAUUGCUGCCGCCUAUGCAGCUGGUGCCCUGAGUCGUGAGAGUGCGAUUAUCAUCGGGGGGGUGUUUUCCGCCAAAGCUAAAAGGAUGGCUGGUGUCCCUGGCUCCAUGAUGGCGGUUAGCAUGGACGAGACCGAAGCGAUGCUGUACCUCGAAAGGAUUUCGCGCGGGGCGGCCGUUGUAGCAUGCGUGAACAGCCCAUUGAGUCAGACCCUGUCAGGAGACGAAACCGCCAUUGAUGACCUCAAGGAAAUGUUUGAUAAGGAGGGCAUAUACGCCCGGAAACUGAGGGUUGACACGGCUUAUCACUCACACCACAUGCAGUGUGUGGCGCAAGACUAUCAAGACGCCCUCGGCAGUAUCGAGCCCUCUGGACUGAGGGACGGCGUGAUCUUCUACUCCAGCGUCACAGGUGCCAUCAAGUCAGCUGGCUUUGCUUCCGACUAUUGGGCGUCCAACCUGGUGUCGCAAGUCAAGUUCAGUCAGGCCUUGACUCAGCUACAAAAUGACCAGAUCCAGCACGAUGCCAGCAUAGACAUGAGCGUCUUUAUAGAAAUCGGCCCACACUCCGCCCUUGCAGGCCCUUCUCGCCAAACUCUCUCACAGGAUGGUGCUGGGCAAUUCAGAUUUGAGUACUUGUCUGCUCUACGACGCAAUGCCAAUGCUACACAGUCUAUACUGGCGCUCGUUGGCAGAGUCUUCGAGCUUGGUCUUGAGGUCGACAUAACUGCGGUGCUCACAAUGUCCGACAAAACAAAACCAGAGAUCAUCAGAGACUUGAAACUAUAUCCCUGGGACCUUGCACCGUUCUGGCGCGAGUCGAGGCUCAGUAAGGCCCACCGCUUUCGUCAGUUCCCACAUCACGAUCUCCUUGGCCUGUUCGACCCAGCCAGCACGAUUCAUGAACCGCGCUGGAGGUAUUUUAUCAACUUAGACAGCCUUCCCUGGCUCCGAGGCCAUAUAGUUGAGGGAUUCACACUAUAUCCUGGUGCAGGCUAUCUGACAAUGGCCAUGGAGGCAAUGAAGCAGCUUGUGCAGAUGAGAGGCCUGCAAACCCCCAUUGCCAAGUUUGUCCUCCGCAACGUGGCGAUACCCAAGGCCAUUGUCCUUAGCGAGCCGGAUGACAGCAGCUCCGGGGAGGUGGAAGUCCAACUGAGCAUGUCAGCCGCGAACCAGUACGAAGGCAGCCGCUGGCAGUCAUUCCGGAUCAGGUCAUACAACGCUGACGGGUCAUGGAGCGAGCAUUGCUUCGGUGAGAUCGCGGUCGAGCACGAGACGGAUGAACAUGACGAGGUUGAGGGGACGAGGGAGGAGGAACUGCGCCGAGAAGAGGCCAGGCAAUUCCUAGCAACUUCCCAGCAAAUCUGCGACACAGAGAUGACAAAGUCGGAGUUCUACGACUUUGCAAGAUUGACAGGAAACGAAUUUAGCGGUGCUUUUACUCCCAUCAUUGCAGCCAGGUACGGCAAAAGCCGGGGUGUGUUCGAAGUCUGCACACCAGAAAUUGCUUCUUUGAUGCCAUACCAGUCCUUCAGGGCUCAUGUUAUUCAUCCAACUACCCUAGACGCUACCCAACAGAUCAAUGCAGUCCUUUUCAAGAAAUUUGUCACCAAUGGCGCAUGUGUUCCAACGAGGAUCCCGUUGUUGGAAAUUAACACCAGCCUCUCUACCACGACAGGGAACAUCCUGACUGGAGCCAUGCAGAUCCAAGCUGACGGCCCGAAAGCGUCCAGGGGAGAGGGUUGGGUGUUCCAGAAGGAUGUGGAUGGCCAUCUCAGCCCGGUUAUUCGACUUAUUGUCCAUUUGAGAGCCAUUGGUGAGACUCGCGAGGAAGACGAGCCGAAUGUCGUUCAGGAUACCGUAAAUCGAUUCGAGUGGAACCUUGACGCCGACUUUAUGACAGGAAGUUCAUUCCGCAAGGUUCUCUCGUCUACCCUAGGAUUAGAAGAAACUACCACACACGGAUUCGACGGAACUAAGGUGUCCAUUGAGGAGUCAGACAAGGAAUAUCUUCUUACGGAUCAGGCCUCGUCCAUUUGGGUUCGCGAUGCCGUGCGAUAUGUAGAGGAAAGCAACGCUGGCAUAGUGACGCUUCAGCAAGCCAAAUUCUUUGGCUGGAUGAAGAGGUGGUUAUCCUCGGACUAUUGCCGUCAUAUCACAUCAGGCUUGACUCCGGAAGAAGAGAAAAGCGUUUUACAAAGAAUCGAGUCUUCUGAUACCUCAGCCCAGCUGCAACUCCUUGCCCGCGUCGGGAAGGCUCUCCCUCGCAUCUUGACUGGCGAUGCUGAGCCUUUGGACGUCAUGCUGGAAGGGAACCUCCUAUCAAGGUACUACGAGAGUGGUGUUCUCGUUGGCCCCUAUGAAGCCGCAGUGGCAUACCUGAAGGUUCUUACCUUUAAAAGCCCGCGCCUUCGCGUUCUUGAGGUCGGUGCUGGGACCGGAGGCUGCACCAAAUGGCUCUUUCGCGGUCUUUCUGGCCAGAACGGCGCCGUUGGCCUCCCUAUCGAGAAGUACACAUUUACGGACAUAUCCAGCGGAUUCUUCGAGCACGCGCGCCAGACAUUUGCUAAAUGGGAAGAGGUCAUGGAGUUCCGGACGCUAGACGUAGACGCGGAUCCCAUCGAGCAGGGCUUCGACCCCGGGUCCUAUGACGUUGUGGUUGCUGCCAACGUGUUACACGCGACGAGGAACAUUGAUGUGACGAUUAGCCGCGUACGAAAGUUGCUUAAGCCGGGGGGUAGCCUAGUCCUGGUUGAAAUAGAGCCGAGAAGUACGGUGUUCAGUCUCGUUGGUGGCUCACUGACCGGAUGGUGGACCCCCGAGGAUGAUUUCAGAGUCGACGGUCCGCUGCUGUUCCGCAACCAGUGGCAGGAUGUUCUGAAAAGGAACGGAUUUGGGGGAAUCGACAUAUCUUGGGAAUGCAUGAUGGUAGCCAAAGCUGAUCCCUUGCCAAGGAACGGGACACUUUCCAGGCACAACAUCGUUUUGAUCAGAGAUGGCGUUGACAAACAUGCGGCAAAGGCGGCGGCGGAAUUUGCCUCCCGCAAUAUUGAUACCAAAGAGUGCCUGUGGGGACAAGUCAAAGCCCAGGAAGAGAGCCUCUAUGUUAUCUUCGACCAUGCGGAGAAACGGCUUCUCCUUGACCCCCCUCCCGAAUUAUUUGAGGCCAUCAAAGCCCUCUUGAGCGCAAGAUGUCGAGUCCUAUGGGUUCUUCUCCAAGGAAACGCUAACCCCGCUGCCUUGGCCUACAAGGGACUGGUCAACGCCUGGAUCCGUGUUCUCCGGCGGGAGAGCAACAGCACUGGCCUCGUCAGCCUUGAUAUCCGCCAACCCGCUCAAAGCCCGGAGAUGACGGCUCGGGUCAUCGCCAACGUGGCAUGGAGGCGCUUCUGGCCAGGCACAGACGAUGCGCCGUCUUUGGAGCCAGAGUUUGCCUGGGAGGACAACCGCGUUCUGAUCCCCCGUAUCAAGGCGGAUACCGAAUUCAUGCGGUGGGCCCGACGCGGUACGUGGCUGGGAGCUUCGGAUGAGACAGAGUCAGUUCCCUAUCAGGGAGACCGAGUGCUCAAGGCUGAGGUUAGGAUACCAGGAGUACUUAAUUCGCUGCGCUUCGUUGACGAUGAUUUGUCGGUUCCUCUUAGGCCAUCUCACAUAGAGGUCAAGACCGAGGCCCACGGUCUCAAUUACAAAGAUGUCGGCCUCGCCCUUGGUCAGAGGGGUCCCGGCGCCCACAUGGCCGGCGAGUUUGCCGGCGUCGUGACGGCUGUGGGCGGAGAUAUGUAUGAUUUGUACCAGGUAGGCGAUCGCGUCAUGGGUUUCGGCUCACAGCCAUUCAGCAACGUGUCGCGUAUCCAUGGAUACCAGGCUCACAAAACGCCCACUUCGAUGUCCACAACGGUCGCGGCAUCAAUUCCGCACGCCUACGUGACGGCAUAUCACUGCAUCAUCGAGACAGGCCGCCUCGAGAAGAGCCAGUCAGUUCUGAUCCACGCCGCGUCUGGGGGCGUGGGCCAGGCGGCCAUUCAGCUCGCCCAGCAUAUCGGAGCGACCGUUUUCUGCACAGUGAGCACGGCUGCGAAGCGAAAGCUGGUUACGAACGAAUACGGCAUCCCGGAAAGUCACAUCUUCUCCAGCCGGGCCAGGUCACUCAAGGGGGGAGAGGCCCUCAGGGACAGUCUCGACUGCGUCAAGUCCGGGGGAACAUUCAUUGAGCUGGGGAAAGGUGAGAUGCAACAAGACUCCCAGCUGAGCAUGGCUGCAUUUGACAGGUUGAUAACGUUCCACACCUUUGAUCUGGAAACACUGUCAGCGCAAAAACCCGGGCGCGUCCAUCGAAUUUUGAGCGACAUCAUCAGCCUCCUUGAGUCCAGUGUAUUGCGUCCCAUACACCCUAUCACUAUCUACCCCAUUCAUAAAAUUGAGGAUGCAUUUCACUUUCUAGGUUCGAGGAAGCAUACCGGCAAGGUUGUCCUCCAGGCCUUUCCUGCGUCCACGGUCAAGUGCUCACCUUCCAAGCCCAAGCCGCUACAGGCACGUAAGGAUGGUACCUAUGUUGUGGCCGGGGGUCUCGGCGAUCUGACCUCGCGGGUCUGUGUAUUUCUGGCCUCUCGAGGCGCCGGGCACGUGGUGGUUUUAUCCCGGCGCGCUCUCGACGAGGAGAUGAAACAAAAGUACAUGGCUGCGGUCAGGGAACACGGGGCUGAGCUUCACAUCCUUCAGUGCGACAUCACGGGCGAAGAGAGCAUGAAGCGCGCUGCGUCGUACUGCACCAGGCUGCCCUCUGUCAGGGGUGUGGUUAAUGGCGCUCUGGUACUUAGUGACCGGACAUUUGCCCAGAUGACCAUCGACCAGUGGAAGCUACCACUUCAGCCUAAAGUCUUCGGGACCCUCAAUCUUGACAAGUUCUUUGCUUCGCGUAAUUUAGCCUUCUUUCUGACUCUCUCCUCGGUCGUAGCUGUCGUUGGCAGGGCUGGUCAGUCAAACUACGCCGCCGGAAAUGGGUUUCAGGACGCCUUUGCUCUGGCGCACUCUGCUCACCCUCACACGCACUAUCUCUCUGUCAACGUGGGUGCCGUCUCGGUUGAGGCGCACGGGGCCACUAGAGAGGCACAAGGCAACAUGUCCAUCGGAGGAAUGAGGGCGUCUCUCCGGCAAAAUAGUGUUAUGGACAUCUCAAUUGAUGAUUUCAUCGCUCAUAUCGAGUAUGCCAUGACCAGCGACAUGCAUCAAACAAUCCAGGGUGUGACAUACCAGUCCAUGUUGGACGCCAACGACAAGCACCUUCUUGAGAAUCCCGUCUUCAGUCAGCUGAUUCAUUCCGAGACAAAGAAAGCUGCGGGGCCUAAAGAGUCUGACAAGAUUGACUUGAAAGGGGCUCUGGGUAGCUUCGCCGUCUUCCUUGACCGGCCGAUCGACGAGAUCAGGGUUGAUCAGCCCCUUGCUAACAUUGGCCUCGACUCCCUUGUCAGCAUCGAGUUAAAGAAUUGGAUGGUGCGCACGUUCCAAGUAAACCUCCAAACAUCGGAACUGGGCGGCGCUGCUAGCAUUUUCUCGCUGGCAGCGAUGCUGACCUCACGAUCCAAGGCAAUCCCCGGCCAUGUCCGGCAUUCUCAGCUGUAG